AUCUCAUGUGUUCUGGUGAUUUUCGCUUCGAAACUAACAGAGAAAGCUCUAGAACUUGCUACAAAAUUCAUAUUCAAGAUAAACUCGAUUUUAUUCAUUCGUCGGCUGUUCUUGCACUGGAAAACAUUAUACAAUAAAGUGAACUUUUUGCACGGAAUAGGAGUACAAUCUAAAGUCGAUUAAAAUUUAAUUAUUCGUUAUUGAUAUUGAUUUACCUGUAUUUUCAACAAGUAAAACUAAAUAAAAAUGGCAAAAUGGGGCGAAGGAGAUCCUCGUUGGAUUGUAGAGGAAAGACCGGACGCCACGAAUGUGAAUAAUUGGCAUUGGACGGAGAAAAAUGCUACGCCAUGGUCAAAGGAACGAAUCACGACAUUGUUUAAAAAUUUUGCCAUCAAUCACGAUAGCAAAGUGAAAUGUAGUGUUAUUGAGGUUGAUAAGAUCGAAGGUGAGGCUACGGCAAAUAAUCGAAAAGGCAAAUUAAUCUUCUUUUAUGAAUGGAAUGUGGUACUAAAGUGGCAAGGGUGUUUGGAUGAAGUUGAACCAACGUACACCGGCAAAGUUACUAUACCAAAUUUGUCGGAGGAAAAUGAUUUGGAUGAUAUUGACAUCACCAUUAGCAUCGAUGAAUCAUGCGACGAUUCGGAGCGUUUGAAACAAUUCAUGUACAACAUAGGUAGAUCGCAAAUUCGUUCACAAAUUGGCGUUUAUCUACGUGAGUUACGCGACGAAUUUUCAAAAGGAUUAAUUUUACCGAAAAAGGGAGAUGCUACUGUAAAGCCCGACGGUGUAUCAAAUAUAACAAGUGGCUUUAAUAAAAAGGUCAACUUACAACCGAUGAACUCUGGAGCUGAUAAAAAUAGUGGUGUACCAUCUGUUGGAUGCAAAUUAGACGUCAAAACAAUAACAUUCUCGGAGACAUUUCAAUGUCAAGCAAAAGAUCUGUUUGAUGUAUUAACUAAGCCAGAGCUGGUUUCGGUAUUCACUCACUCGCAAGCCAAAGUCGAUGCAUCUCGUGGUGGCGAAUUUGUGCUAUUUGAUGGAAAUCUUAGCGGAAAAUUUCAGGAAUUGGUAACAAAUGAGAAAAUUGUCCAAACUUGGCGUUAUAAACAAUGGCCGAGUGGCCAUUAUUCACAAGUCACAAUGAACUUCAUACAAAAGGAGGACCAUACAGUUUUAAAUGUUACACAAACUGGUGUUCCUGCGAACGAAUAUGAUAAUACCUUACGGAACUGGAAAGGAUACUAUUGGAAUAGUAUAAAACAGGCCUUUGGAUUCGGUAGUUUCUUAAUGUAGUUUAAUAAUGAUCAGAGAAGAAAAAAAACACUCAAACUUACUGAAUUGUUGCUAUAAACAGAUUUGCAGUGUGUUCUCCUGUAAUGGAACAAUUAAAUUAUUUGAAUGCUCUUUUCCGUUUAGAACCUUUGUACAUUUUUUAAUGAAAUGCUUAACGCAACUUAAGGUUCGCAACCUUUUGGUUUAUAAUAAUUGUUUAAAAAAAUCCCAUUUGAACGAAUACAAUGAACAUUCUGUAUCAUUUUUUUUAACGAAAUUACUUAUCAUUUUUUGCCAUAGGAAACAUUGUAUACAAAUAAUACACAAUAAAUAUUUGAAAAUCUAAGUAUUAUUCAACA